AUGUCAGCAUUCAAUUUUGAAGGAAUGAAAUGUCCAAAAGAUUUUAAUAUUUCAUUAGCAGGAAAUAGUGCUACAUCGAUAGAGAAAUACAUCACUGUUGAAAUUGUAUAAUGUGAUUAAAUCAUUCUUCAAUAAUUUGACCCAAUUAAAAAGUGCAAAUAAAAAUCAGAGAUUGAUGAUAUACUUAAAAAUACAAUAGUAAUAAUUGUGGACAAGUAACAAUACUUUGAUGUAGAUGAAUUUGAUUUAUUGCCAGUUAAAGAAAUAAUUAAAAUCUCUACUGUGAAUAUGAUUCCUGAAUAUACCUAAAAUUAAAAUUAUAAGUUAAGAAAAGAAUUAAAGUAUUUCUAGACAAGAUUAGACACUACAUUUAUUACUAAGGACCCAUAAUCUAAUGCUCUUGUCAGUAUUAAAUAUCAAAUAGAUGAAAAUUUUGAGAGCAUAGAAAGAAUCUCAAGCUCAUUCAUUGAUGCAAUAUCAUAAGUAGGAGGCUUGAUGAGUAUUAUAUUUUCAGUUAUUUGCUUUCUUACUUGUUACAUUUAAGAUUUUUUGUACAAUUCACAUUUAGUUCAAGAGCUAUUUAGCUAUAAUGAAAGACUAUUCAUCCACGAGUACGAAAGAAAAUCAAAAAUGAAACUUAAAAAAUAUGUAGAAAAUAAUACUUAAAAUGACUAAAUAGAUAAUUCUUUUGAGAAUAGCCAAACUCUUCAAGCUGGCAAAGAAACUUUACCUAAGAAAUAGUUAAUAGAGCAAAACAUUCAUAAAUUCUAAAUCAAAGAUAAGAUUGAUAAAAGAAUGGCAAAGAGAUUUUUGAAGAAAUCUCAACUUUUUGUUGACAAUAUUGACAAUAAUGAUUAUAAUGGAAACAUAAAUGACAAUUCUGCAAUUGAUUAUAACCCAGGACCAAAUGGAUGUGAGCCUGUUGCUGAAGAUCUUAAUUUUUAGUCAUUUACUUAAAUCAUAAAUGAUUCUUAGAGAUUUAUGAAUCCUAAGGUUAGAAACUCAAAUGAUAAAAAUAAUAUUAUUUUAGAUGAAUGA